CCAACGUCUCUCCCCCGGUCAAAGCCAGCACGACAACACACGAGUCCGCCCAGCUUGCCCCCCUCGCUCGCUUCUCUCCCUGCCCGCUGCCGGCCCGGGCCUCCAUCCCCCCGCCACGCCUCCCGCGUGCCGGCCCCGGCCCCGCAUUCCUCCCCGCGCCGCUCCGCCGCCGAAUCGGGCGGAAUCCGAGAGGGGGGAUGGGGUCGCCGGGGGCGGGGAGCAGCGGCGGCGGCCACGAGUGCUCCUUCAAGAUCCUCCUCAUCGGGGACUCGGGCGUCGGCAAGAGCAGCCUCCUCGUCAGCUUCGUCGCCGCCUCCCACCUCGACGACGACAUCGCGCCGACCAUCGGAGUGGAUUUUAAAAUCAAAUUCCUUACAGUUGGUGGAAAGAAACUAAAGUUGACAAUAUGGGAUACUGCUGGCCAAGAGAGGUUUAGGACAAUCACUAGUUCUUACUACAGAGGUGCUCAGGGAAUUAUUCUAGUAUAUGAUGUUACAAAGCGUGAGAGUUUCUCAAAUUUGGCUGAUGUGUGGACUAAGGAAAUUGAAGCAAACUCAACAAACAAAGACUGCAUAAAAAUGCUUGUUGGAAACAAAGUUGACAAGGAUGAUGAAAGAAUGGUCACAAGAGAAGAAGGCCUUGCCUUUGCAGAAGAAUCUGGGUGUCUAUUUCUCGAGAGCAGUGCAAAAACACGAGAAAAUGUUGAGAAAUGUUUUGAAGAACUUGCAUUAAAGAUUCUCGAGGUCCCAAGUCUCCUGGAGGAAGGGUCUUCUUCGGUUGUCAAGAGGAACAUCCUCAAACAGAAGCAGGAAAAUCAUGCAAAGCACGGUGGUGGAUGCUGUCAAUAAAUGAGCCAAUCCCCUCGGCACGUUUGGUCGUCUUCGUGUGAGCUGCCCUUAUGUUCUGCUGUAAAUGAUUUGUAUCUACAUGGUCUAUGAGUAAAAAGGGGGUUACAUAAUCAGCUUGGGGGUUUUUUGGUUAGUGAUUACAAUUGAUUUGUACAAAGGAGAUGUGGCCUCUUUUCGGUGUUAUUCAAUUUUUUUUCGAUCCAGUUUGGUGUAGCAGUUUUGUUGUUGCCCUUGAGAUGGAAUCAGCUAUCUUUUUUCUCCA